AUGUCGGAGCGGGCCGUGGAGCUGCUGGGGCUGCCCGGGGACCAGCCGUGCCUCCUCCUGGACGUGGGCUGCGGCUCCGGGCUGAGCGGGGAUCACAUCUCAGGCGAGGGCCACUGCUGGAUCGGCGUGGACAUCAGCCCUGCCAUGCUGAAUGUGGCGCUGGAGAGGGAGGUGGAGGGAGACCUUCUCCUCGCAGACAUGGGUCACGGUGUUCCCUUCAGGCCCGGCAUGUUUGACGGAUGUAUCAGUAUUUCUGCGGUGCAGUGGCUUUGUAACGCUGAUAAGAAAUCACACAGCCCUCCAAAACGCCUUUAUCGAUUCUUCUCAACGCUUUAUACCACCUUGGCUCGAGGGUCCCGAGCCGUCUUGCAGCUGUACCCCGAGAACUCAGAACAGCUGGAGCUCAUCACCACCCAAGCCAUGAGAGCUGGCUUCACCGGGGGAAUGGUGGUAGACUACCCCAACAGCGCCAAAGCCAAGAAGUUCUUCCUUUGUCUCUUUGUGGGGACAUCUGGCACAUUACCAAAGGGCCUUGGUACUGAGUGUGCUGAGGGAGACGACAUGCGCCAGGCAAAGUUCACCAAUGAGAGGACACGGUUCAGGAAUGUCAAGGGCAAGUCUGUGAAGAAGAGCCGGGACUGGAUCCUUGAGAAGAAGGAGCGUAGGCGACGGCAGGGCAAGGAGGUGCGGGCGGAUACGAAAUACACAGGUCGGAAGCGUCGCCCUCACUUCUGAAUUGCUCUGGAUGCUGCUGGCACUGGAGGCGACGUGUGGGUCCCACCGGGAAGCCUCCUCUGGGGGCACCCAGGGGUGCACCAGAUCCGGGACCUGCUGAGUCACUGCAACUCCCCGAGGUGUGAACCGGCUCAGGGGACACCCAGCAGCCAACGGCAAAGCUUCAGCCCUGCUCUCCUGGGGCAGAGAGGGUGGCAGGCAGUGCUGGGGCUGCCCGGUGCCCGCUGUACCCUCCCUUCUCUACCUGAGCGUACCUGGAGCCCUCAAGCUCCACCCUAGGGCUCUGUCCAGCCUCACCAAACACUCACGGAGGCAGAAGCGUCGCCCGUCUGCUGUGUGGGAACGCAGCGCCACGCUCCCGCAGCUGCUGGGCAUCGUGAGGCUGCCUGGCCCCUGCGAGAGCUCUUCCUCCAGCAGGAGCAUCACCCCUGUGGCAGGCGCUUCGCCUUGGCCCCCAUCACCACCCUCCCCCCAAAACAGAGGCACCAGCCAGAGCUUUACAGUUACAAAUGUUUAUUCUACAUAAAAAUUCCACAAAAUGGGAAGCUGUGUUGCACCCAAAGCUCUGGGAGAAGGAAGGGAGGCUUGCAGGGAGGGAUGGGUGAAGGAGGGGAGGCGACGUACAGUGUCAUCCAGGCAGUGAGACAGAGCAAGCUAGGGUCGAGAUCACAUAGAAAACAAGGACACUUAGCUCACAGUACAGCAACGGUACAACUCCACGGGGGGCUCGGGAAGCCUUCAAGUACAUUAAUUACG